AUGGGAACUCUAGAGAAGUUUGAUGCGGAAGCCAAAGGGUCUGAUAAUGGAUCAGUGGAAGAAGGAAGUGUGUCUGAGGAGGCAUUGAUAAAGAUGCAUAAAUUGAUAUCUAAAGUCACUAAUCAAUUUAGUGACCUCGCUGCAGAGGCAGGUGGUAAAGGUUGUGCUAAGAAAGAUCUCAACGCACAACAAAGUUUGUUCAAAGAUCUUGUUGAAUUUCUUGAGGGUGGAGUUGCACCUGAAACCUCUACAAAGGUUGGAGGAGCCUAUAUACAGACGUCAACGUGGUGCCAGAUGAUGGGAAGAUUGCAAAGCUUGGAGUGA